AUGGCACCUCUACGCCUCGAGUUCAUCACCCUCCAGGAUAUCCCCGCCAUCACCGAGCUCUAUUACAGCGCGUUUAACAUCCCCGAAAAUCUCCGCAUGUUCCCGGACACCCCGGGCCUGCGACGCUGGUGGCAACAUGCCAAUCGCCGCGAUCUGCUACACAGGCCUCACUAUCGGUUUCUCAAGGUCGUCGACACUAGCGAUUCCGAUCGCAUGAUCGCCUAUGCGAAAUGGAACCUUGCUGCGGAGAAGUACGAGGAUCGGUUUCCCCCGUGGCAUGAGGAGUCGGAUCAGACUUUGUGUGCGGAAUUGUUUGGCAAGACGCAGGAACAUCGUGAGAAGGUUCUGGAUCUCGAUCUACUCAUCACUCAUCCGGAAUAUCGACGACAAGGCGCCGCAUCGAUGCUGGUUAAAUGGGGAUGCGACCUGGCGGAUCAGAACCAGGUCCUGGCCUACGUGGAUGCCUACAAACCGGCGGCUGCGCUAUAUCGCAAGCUGGGGUUUGUAGAUCAGUUGGAGCCCCCGCUGGAGAUGCCUAUGAAUAUCCCGAUGAUCCGGAGGGCGGAAGUAACUAAAUAA